AUGCAGCAGCAGAUGAAAGCGGCUGAGGCACGCGAGACUCGCCUCACCACACUGGUCGAAAACACAACGCGCGACAACCAGGCACCACCCAGCACUUCGACAUCCUACAGUCAGAAGCCGAUUUCUGUCGAGCGACCGGUGUUGCUCAGCAUUGCAACCAUGGCCGAUUUCACGGCAUGGGAGGAGGCUUGGAGAGAUUAUGCUGCGUGCCAGCACCUCGCCAGCCAAAGUCGUGAGACUCGGGUGUCCGCUCUUCGCCAGGCGUUCGAUGCCGACAUUUGUCGUUUCAUGCGCGAAGAUGUGAUUGUCAUCUCCCACAAUGCCGAUGCUCCGGAGAUCAUCAUAGCAGUAAAAGCGUACAUCCGACGCCAACGGAACCCCCUCCUAGAUCGAAUUGCGUUUUACAAUAGAAAGCAACAACGCAAUGAGUCAUUUGACUCCUUCUUUACUGCCAUGAGGGAGCUGUUUGCACAGUGCGAUUUCCCUGAUAUGGAGCUGUGCAGCACAUGUACACAUCAGCUAUGCAGUACUAGGCCCCAGAGCCUCCGCAAGGUCAGGGACGACAUGACGCGAGACCGCAUCGUCGUUGGCAUAGCCAACGACGACACGCGCCAUAAGCUCCUGGCAGCUCCGUCCCUCACCCUGGAAACCGCGGCCAAGAUCUGCAGGGCGGAAGAAGCCGCACAGCAGACCGGUGACGGCAUGGUACCGGCAUCCGUGAAUGCCGCAACAAGGUCAUCGUAUCAACGCAGCAAAUCCGUUUUGGUUAGUAAGCCGAAAUCUGCUGCAGCUGACAAACCGGCAGAGUGCUCGCAGUGCGGACGAUCCCAGCACACAAAGUCAAUGUGUCCUGCCAAGGGCAAAGAGUGCCGUAAGUGCAAGGGCAGGGACCACUUCGCGGCAAUGUGCCGCAAGACCAUCGCAUGCCUCACCGUUCACGCAGUGCAGGCUGGUGACAAAGUGAUGCUGUCAACACGUCUUUACGACAACGACCGGUCGUGCAUGUUAGAGUGGUUGCCAGAUACUGGCUCGGAUGUUGAUGCUAUUGGUGCUAGUCAUCUCCGCAGACUUGGUGGCAGUGUAGCUGAUCUGGAACCUGACCCCGACCAUGUUGUCGCCGUGAACGGUCAGCCAUUGACCAGCUUCGGAACUGUUCCCGCCAGGGUUGUCCCUCGUGAUGUCACGCACACCACUCGUCUACAUGUGUAUGACGAACUCAGUAGCGCAUUGCUGUCGCGCUCAUCGCUCAAGGCGUUAGGUUUCUUGCCGCCUAACUGGCCACAGAUCGUUUCAGUGACACAAGGGACAUCCCGUUCUGCAGAGCACAGCAAACCUACACCAGACCAGCGUGUACGUAUCCGCCAGGACCUCCUCGACGAGUUCGCUGACGUAUUUGCAGAGGACACGCUCCGACCCAUGGACGGUCAGCCGAUGCACAUCCAACUAGCGCCUGACGCCCAGCCAUUCAAGUUGAACAAUGCCCGUUGGCUACCUUACGCCUAUCGUGACCAGGUGAAACUCCAGCUGGACAAGAUGGUCGCAGAUGGCAUCAUCUCACCAGUCUCAGAGCAAACGGAGUGGUAUCACCCCAUCGUCAUAGCCGAAAAGAAAGGCACUGCAGAAAUCUGGAUCACGGUGGAUUUCACUACGCUUAACAAGCAAGUCGCCCCGCCCGCGCAUCCCAUGCGCGCACCUCGCGAUGUCGUUUCUAACCUUGGUAACGCCAAGUAUUUUACCAAGCUGGAUGCUCGCCACGGCUACUGGCAGGUCCCCUUGGACGAGGAGUCCAGAAGCUUGACCACAUUCAUCACACAGUGGGGCAGAUAUCAGUACCUGCGGAACCCACAAGGUCUGAUUUCUGCUGGCGACGAAUUCAACCAGCGGACCGAUGCAGCAUUCGCUGGUAUAGAGCAAUUCUCCAAGGCCGUGGAUGACUGCCUGGUCUUCACUGAUUCCUUUGAGCAGCACCUGGAACGAACUCGUGAAGUUCUUCAACGCGCUCGUCAGUAUGGUAUCACCCUGUCAGGCAAGAAGUUUGCUUUCGCCGAGACCGAGAUCAAUUUCUGCGGCUACGUGAUAAACAAGUCCGGCUGGAAGACAGACCAGGAAAAGACCCGCGCUAUCACCGACUUCGAGAUCCCUGCCAAUCGCACUGACGUGCGAUCAUUCACGGGUCUCGUCAACCAGUGCAGUGAUUUCAGCUCAACGCCUCACCGCGGUCUGCUGAAAGCCAAGAAUGAGUUUCUCUGGCUACCCGAGCACACAGUCGCUAUGGUUGCUGCGAAGCAAGCACUUGUUGACCCACCAUUAUUGGCCUUCUUCGACCCGUAA